AUGCGAGAGGAUGUCGCCGCUGGUCCUGAUGCGAGAGAGGAUGCGGGCGAGGAUGCAGGCGGCGGCCGCGGAGGAGGAGGAGGAUGCUGGCGCGGAGGCUGCGGCGCGCACAGGCUCCCUCUCGCCGCCGCCGCCGCCGCCGCAGCUGCUGCUCUUCGCUCCUCCUCGCUCCUCGCCUUGCCGCCUCCUCCUCCUCCUUCCUCUUCCUCCUCCUUCCCCGGCAGCCGCCUCAGCAUCACAGCCCGCCCGGCCGCGCAGAGGAGCAGCAGCAGCAGCAGCAGCAGCGCAUCUCCGCCGCGUCGCCGCAGGAGCGCUGCCCACUCUUAA